AUGGCCCAAGAAGAAGCUAUGAAUGUCAGAGUGGAUCCGCUUGGUGAUGACGACGCAGUGGAGUUAGCAAAGCAGUAUAGGACGGAGAGGCAAAUGGAGAGGGUGGGGGAACCGGUGGUACGAUCUCAUGCUUCCACCAUGAUAGCAGCUCCGAAGCCAAUCAGCCAGGCGGAACCGGAUCACUGGCACACGAAGGCUGACAAAUCAACGGUUACCGCGGCGGAGUUGGAGACUAUUCGCGAAAAAUACCAGGUGCUUGCUGCAAUAGAGUUAUUGUUGUCGAUUUCAACGGAAAGGCCAUCCGACGCAAGGCCGGGGGAGUUUGCCCUUUACGAGAAAGCAUUGAAGGGAGGAUUGAGGCUGCCACUGCCGCGAGUGGUGGUAGAUGUCUUGAACUGUUUGGAGGUGGCACCGGGCCAACUAAUGCCCAACGCGUGGAAGAUUGUACUGGCCUGA